GUACAAAAACAAAUAAUAUCAUGACAUUAAAAGUCUGACAUUUAAAAAUUCUAAUCGAAAACUUAUCUUCUUAUUUACAGACACAAAGACCCGUUGUUCUCAAUUUAUCAAGUGUAACCUUUAAGUUGGCGCAACAACAACAGGUCCAACUGUGUAUAAAUUGAAACGCCCGUUCAGUUGGAAAACACAGUCUUAUUUUCCGAAAACUAAAGAAUGGCGCAUCUUUCUGUUGCCUCACUCACCCAAGUUGUUUUGCUGUUGAUUUUGAUUUGUUGGACGCCGAGUUCGACAGGCGCUGCCUUUUCAUUAGAGGAAGAAUUCCUACAACUGAAGGAAAAUUAUAUUCAAAUGAAACAAGUCCUGAAAAGUUUGGAGGCCAAAGAUGAACAAAUGGAGGCGCAACUUGAACUAAAUAAUGAACUAAGACAAGAUUUGGCAUUAAAAGUAAUUCAAUUAGAGGCCAAAAAUGACCAACUGGAAGUCAAAAUAGGAAAACUGGAGGCCAAAGUUGAACAACAAGAUUCGCUUUUAACUUCCCUUUUACGAGAGAAAAAUGAACGCAGUGCAGCAGCAACUGGUUAUGUUCCAAUUAGCAAUAAUCAAUCGGCUGUGGCCAUCAACGGACUGCCGUCUUCAUGCGAGGAUCUUAAGAUGAUUGGCCACACCCUGAGCGGAUUUUAUUCCGUCAUGGGAUUGGCGAAAAUGGAAUCCGUUUACUGCGAUUUCACUAAACUUCCUGGCGAUGCGGGUUUUCAGAAAUUUAUCGGAUACGCCGACGUCAAAUCGGCGCCCGUCCAUUUCUACGUCCAGAGAAAUUCUUCAAUUAACUUAUUUGGAAAACCAAUUCCGUUCGAUUUGGCGCGGGUGAACGAAGGAAACGCCAUGGAUUUGACAUCGGGAAUAUUCACGGCAUCGCGACCGGGAAUUUAUUUUUUCUCUUUCUCGGCAGUGGCGCAUCUUGAACGUUCAUCUUUGGUUAAUUUAUAUUCUUAUCUUUAUUUGAACGGGAAUAUCAUCGGGUCGAGUUGGGUUGGAGAGAAUAAGAGCCCCGUUGAUCAAUACAGUCCUGUGACCCUCCAGUCGAUGCUCAACUUGAAAACAGGCGAUCAAGUUUGGGUGGACAUUUAUUAUACUAGUAAUUCAUCCUCGUAUUUGGUUGAUUACCCUAGUGUACACUACACCGAUUUCACGGGUUGGAUGUUGGAGGAGGAAAUUGUGGCGUCACUUUGAGGUUCAACUUCAUCGGCGACGCACGACAGACGAAACAUUUUCGACCCGAACAUGUUUCUU